CAGCUCGACUCCAUCCAUGAGAAAGUUUGGAAUCUCUGCAGAAAUCCUUGAGGAACUGAAGACACGCUCCGAUCAAGGAAUUGCACAUCAUUAAUCAUCAUGGAUCUUUCAUUUAUGGCUGUGCAGCUUCCUGUAAUGAGCGGAGCUUUCAUGGAUGUGGAUGAGUGCAGCACAGAACGCUCUCUCUUUAAUUCAUCGGCCAGUGUGAACGCAGCGCCCCCCGCAUCAGCACCUAUGCAACAGGAUGAGCAGCAGCGAGUGUCCAGCGAUGCCGUCUGGUUGUGGAUUGCCAUCAUCGCCACCAUCGGCAACAUCGUGGUGGUUGGAGUGGUUUACGCUUUUACUUUCUGA